UAGCCAAUCAACAAAAACCUUGCAGGUUAGGUCAAGUUAGGAACAGGUUCCUACCUGUCAGUCUGUCACUGUCCUCUGAUUAGACUGAUUCAAAAUUCAAAUUGUUCAAAUGAGGUUAGGACUCAGUCCAGUCACUCCACUGACUCCAGUGAACUGUAUUACGUACCCACUGUGAGUGUGAGACUGAGACAGAGACUGACCAGUGACCACUGACCAGCUAUCUCUCAUGAUCUCUGUCCCUCUCCGGCUCUCCCUGAGUCUCCCCAGUUGGCCAGAGGGGGAGCAGGGAGGGAGGUGCCAGUCUCCAGUGUCCAGGCUCAUCCUCCCACUGCCCAAGCUUUUUUUGAGUCUCUCUCAACAUCUCAAGUUCAUUAUUGAUAGAAUGAUAGUUAUAAGUAGACCAGUAAUCAUGUUCAUUGUUCAAAAUUGUUCAUGGUCCAUGGAUAUCAUUAUCAGCUUUAUCAUAUAUAAGAAAUUAAGAAAUUUGUUUAAAUCUUGAUUCAUGAGGCUUCAGGAAAAGAAAUAAGGAAAUUAAAAUGAACUGAUUCUAAAAAAUCUCUAGUAACCAGUUUGUCACUACUCACUAGGUACUAUGAUUUUAUCAUCAGGAUCACCUACUUAUGUGCAUAAGUAUGAUCUAACAUCUCUAACAAUUUAUAUGUAGAUUACUAAUUUUUUUUGUAUUGCUUCAUUUACAUUUUGGAUAUUACCUGCUAGGCUGCUAUUAAUUGAAAACAUUUACCAUUUUUUUAGUGAAUAAAAUCUUGAAUUGAGCUCAAGCUUGUUCAAACUUUAAUCCUAAACUUCCAGAAACUUAUUUUCCACAAAUCAUGAGUAAAGCUGACCAUUCAAAUCUUAGGUUAUUGACUUAGUGACAUUUUGAUUUUGCCUUUUCUGUAAAUGUUAUUUGAAUGAUAACAGAUAACAAUCAUAACAUAUCUGCUAAUUGCUAAAUACUAGGUACCAAUUGGCUGUUUUGGAAGACCCAGUAUUUCUUAGAAAAGCUGUAUUUGCUCUACCAUUUUAGGGAGCAGUUCUGUUGAAAGAGGAUUAAGCAGUUUGAGGAUUAAGCAGUUCUGGGAGGAUGAGCCUGGACAAAAUAAUAAUAAUAACAGUUUCAGCAUUUAUUAGGCUGUAGACCUGAAGGUCUGUUGCUGAUUCCUAACAUUGCAGAAAUUCAGAACAUUCACAGCUUAUGCUUUGUUGAGGUCCCAAACUCACUGCUCCAAUUUGCAUUGCUUAACUGCCCGGCCUUCUUGCCAAUUCUGUCCAGAAAGUGGUGCACAAAGCUAGGAUCAAGCCUGCCCCACUCUGCUCCAAUCCUGGUACUCUGAACUGUAAUCAUUGGGACACAUUAGCCAUGGAAUAAUUUCCCACUGAGCACUGAGCAGGCAGUCAGGACACAGAUGGCCAAGGUGGUUGUGUUAGGAGGAGGUGUUACUGGCCUUGCAGCCAGUCACUAUAUCAAGACGCUGCUGCCCAGCUCAGCUGUGGCCAGUGUCUGCCUCAUUGAGGGGUCACUUCGUCUUGGGGGCUGGAUGCAAUCUGUUCAGCAUGACUCAGGUGUCCUGCUUGAGGCUGGACCUAGAACACUCAGAGCUGCCGGGACUGCAGGAGCCAACACGCUGGUGCUGGCCCAUGACUUGGGACUGGAGGGGAAAAUACGGAGCGUCUCCUACGGCCAUCCUACCACCAUGAACCGUAUGAUCAAGGUAAACGGCGCGCUGCACAGACUCCCCAGCAGCCUGAGCACUGCUCUGAAGAAGACCCCGCCCUUCACCAAGCCUCUGCUGGUUGCCCUGCUACAAGAUUUGCGCUCGGAAAAAGUUUGUAAUUGCGACGAGUCUUUGUACAGCUUCGUGAACCGCCGGUUCGGUCGGGAGGUUGCAACUUACGUCAUAGAUCCACUGGCGAGAGGCGUCUUCGCGGGGAACGCUCGGGAACUCAGCGUCAAAUCUUUGGCUAAAAGCCUGCACGCUUAUGAGCAGCGGCAUGGCAGUGUUAUCAAAGGCGCUUGUUUUGAUGUUUUCACACAACGGAGUCGCGAUUCCGUGCUCACUCACCCCAUGGUUAAGAAAGCACGCAAGGAAAAAUGGGCAGUUUGGUCUCUGCAAGAAGGAAUUGAAACUCUAAUCAAGGCUUUGGAACGCGACGUUGUUGACAGAGGUGUUGAUAUAAGACUAGGUCAUCCUGUGAAUAAACUUUCUCAAAAUGGCCGCUGCUUGAAAAUAUCUUUUGGCAGCAAUGAGAUAUCUGCUGAUCAUGUGAUAUCGUGUCUGCCUUGUUCCCAAGCAGCAUCGGUUUGUGGCAACCUUAGCAAAGACCUUGCGCAACUCCUGAACGCGAUCCCCUUCGCUACCGUGGCGGUCGUCAACCUGGCGUACGACCGAAGCGACCUAGUGACGCAGCCAGCGUUCGGCUACCUGGUGCCUAGUUGCGAACCUUCUAAAGUUUUAGGCGUCAUUUUUGACACGUGUACCUUCCCUCAGGCAAACAAAACUGUACUGACUGUGAUGAUGGGUGGAUACUGGUUCAACUCUUUAUUUGGCACACAUCCAAGCGAAGAGAAGCUAUUAAGCACGGCUAUUGAUGAACUACGCUCCACUUUAGGCAUCAGUGAUCACCCCAGCGCGUGGCGGACGCAGGUGCUGCGCGCGUGCAUCCCCCAGUAUGUGGUGGGGCACACUGAGGUGGUCGCCUCGGCGCGGCGGCUCAUCGACCAACACAAGUUACCGGUGUCACUGGCGGGAAACUCUUAUGAUGGCGUGGGUGUUAACGAUGCCAUCUUGAGUGCCAAGGCCGCCGUACAGAAUUUGGCGACCACUCUUGGUAUAAAGCUUUAGGAAUUGUUCGAAUAAAUGAUACAGAAAAGC